GGGGCGUCCAGCAGCGGUGGCGGGGGCGGUGGGGGUGCGGGUGCGGAGGGCGGGGGUGAUGCGCUGUGGCAGCUGCUGGCGUGGCUGUACGAGCAGCAGGGCCGCCCCGACCUGGCUCUGUCCAUCCACCUGCGGCUGCGCUCGCCCGGGGUGUUUGCUUUCGUGACCAGCCACGGACUGCAGUCCCACCUGCUGGGUCGCGCUGCCGAGCUGCUGCAGGUUGACGAGCGGGCCGCUCUGGCGCUGCUCACGGCACAUGCGGACAGCCUGCCGCCGGGGAAUGUGGUGCCGUGCAUACAGGAAGCGCUGCGGUGCGCCCCCAGCCCCGCCGCUGCGGAGGUGUGGCGGCGGCGGCUGCUGGCGUACCUGUCGGGGCUGUUCGCGGUGGACAGCGCGGUGGGGGCGGACUACCAUGACCUGCAGGUCGCCCUGACUGCCGAGUACGAGCCCUCCAAGCUGAUGGACCUGCUGGUGUCCUCGCAGUUCUACUCGCUGGAGUCCGCGCUCUCCAUCUGCGAGUCGCGCGGCCUGGUAUCGGAGCAGGUGUUCGUGCUGGGCCGCAUGGGCAACGCGGACCAGGCGCUGAGGCUCAUCAUCGACCGGCUGGGGGACAUACCCAGGGCCAUCGACUUCGUGGUCCGCCAGCGCGACGAGGAGCUAUGGGGCCGCCUGAUCGACUGGGCGCUGGGCGGCUCCGAGACCACUGGGGCGCUGCUGGACUGCAUCGGGGGCUACGUGGACCCGCUGCUGCUGGUGCGGCGCAUACCGCGGGGCAUGCGGGUGGAGCGGCUGAGGGACAGGCUGAGGGCCAUCAUUGCUGACUACAGGACGCAGACCUCCCUGCGUGAGGGCUGCAACGCAAUCCUGCGCUCCGACUGCCGCCACCUCAUGGCGCGACUGUACGACGGAACCAAGAAGGCCCUGCCGUACGUGUUCGUACACAGGCCGGGACCGGGCGGAGAGCCGGGGCAGUGGUUCAGGUGUGAUGCGGUGCACGGCGGGCGGCUCACCCCGGUCAGCACAGUCGAGGUGCCCUGGGAGGCGCAAGAUGCCGCCCAGCUGACCCAUGGGUCGGGACACGGCCACGGAGCCCUACCUUCCUCUGCAUCCAUGCCGAUGCCGCCCUCCUCCUCCUCCUCAGCAGCAGCAGCAGCCGGGGCUCGUUUGGGAAGUCGUAGCGCUGGGAGCGGCGCAGGGG